AUGAGCUACCUAAGCGGAGUAGUGCCAGGAACGGCAUCGAUAGGAUCUGCCCUUGUUCUGGGUGCUUCAGGUAAUAUCUCCGGCAUUUCAUCGCUAAGUGCCACUAACCUUACUGGCACGCUACAAACAGCUUCUCAACCGAAUAUCACUUCGGUUGGAAAAUUAUCGUUCAAUGGAUCAUCGCGCUCGAUAUCGAUAACAGGUGCUUCAAGCUACAUUGAUUGUCGGGAAUAUCGCCAGAACGGGAAUACGUACGAUCUAAGCCUUCUACAAAACAUAUCCGGAGUUAGUUUUGGCAGUGCUACGGCAAAUAAUUUUUUACUAUGCGACUCGAGUUUAAAUAUCGCAAAUAUUAAUACGGUAUCAACAACUACACUUAGUUGCACGAACUUACAACAGGGUGGGACGUAUUAUGAUCUCUCUGGGUUCCUAACAUCUAUUCCGAGCUCGCUGACAUUAUCAACCCUAUAUACGACAGGAAACAUCGAUUGCGGUGGGUUCAUCAAUGGGUUUUUGGCUUAUGGCGACCAGUCAAACAUAACAACAGUAGGAUCGUUGACAGAGCUCGGUAUCAACUUUACAGCAACGAAUGAGUAUUUCUCGAUAAUGGUGUCUGGAUUAUCAUAUUUAGAUGGCAGUUAUACGCGAAUGUUUACGUUUUCGCGUUCGAAUAUUACUCCCGUUCAGUUCCAAAUUCAGGUCCAUAAUGGUACUAAUUCCACACCCAGCAAUGCCACAUGGAUAGGUAAUUACACUAAUAACGAUCUUCGUUUUGGUAUCAAUAACUCGACGUCAAUGAUUUUAACUACGACAGGGCGCUUAGGACUUGGAACUACAACACCAAGCGCUCCUCUGCAUAUAUCAGGUAGCAACAGUUUUGUUUUUGGUUCCGGUGGUUUAACCGUUUAUAGGCUCCGAACGGACUCUGGCGCGACAGAGUCGGCUCUUGGGCCGAUCACGUACAGCGUCGCCGGUAUAUUUAGCGGGCACAUUGCCUGUACAGCCAUGGCGAUGACAAGCGAUCGCCGAUUGAAGCGAAAUAUUCAAUCAUGUCCCAUUGAUCGAAUCAAGCGUCUCUAUGAUCAAUGUGAGGUCAAACUGUAUGACUGGAUAGAGAGCGAGGGUCGCCCUGGUCAAGAGGUAGGCCUCAUCGCUCAAGACCUUGUCAAAGCUCAUCUUACCGAUUUGAUCAGUGUCUUCUAUCACGAUGAUAUCGAAGAAGGAGAAGACCAAUCGUUAGAGCCCGCUAAGCAACAGCUCAACGUUGAUUACAGCCGAAUUAGCGCUUAUAACAUGAAAAUGAUUCAACACCUGUUAAGUGUGAAUGAGGAUCUCCAGAAGCAAAUAAAUGAACUACGCUCAAUUAUCUCAGAGUGGUAUAGAAAUCAUGCGUAUCGAGUAUUGGGAAAUCAGCCCGUUAGCAGCGAAGAAAUAUCGAGUAUGGAUCAGACUUGA